UAAUCUUCAUCUUAACCUGAUUACGACUCUAAUUCACGGCCUUGGCACAAAGCAUCUGAUGUUUCUUGUUGAAUGUCUGCAUUCAAUCGCCUCGUAAUGACGCCGCUCAAACUCCUCCGAACCAUCCGCUACAGCACUCCCCCAGCACUUCCAACACGGACCUUUCACAAUACAUCUAUCUUCCUAGCGAAAGCUCUCCCUCCUCGGCCGAAGCCCCCACCUGAGUCUGAGAUCGAAGAGUCCUAUGUCAAAGGUAGUGGUCCUGGUGGACAAAAGAUUAAUAAAACCAAUUCCGCAGUUCAGCUGAAGCACAUACCCACUGGCAUCGUCGUCAAGUCUCAGGCAACCCGUUCGAGAGACCAGAACCGGAAGCACGCCCGUGAAUUACUCGCGCAACGUGUCGAUGAACUUCGCAAUGGAGAUCAGAGUCGAUCGGCUAUUGUCGGCCAGGUAAAGCAAAAGAGAGCUGCAAGUGCUUCGAAAAAGAGUCGUAGGAAGUACAAGAAACUUGAGGAAGAGAAGGCCGCUACGGCUGCUGAAGCUGAAGCGCAGUCAGACACAUCUACUGCUUCACCAGAGGGACGUGACCUAACCACAGACGACGCAAACAAUUACCAGACUUCUCAACCCCUAGACACCACAAGUAAAGCGCCGUGAUCAAUGCUCUAUGGAAGCACUUGUGAGGAUUUAAUUACGACAUCAUGUAUGUGGAUAUGCUUAAUGUACGCAAAGGAGCAAACAUCAUGUCAUCACCUCGUUUCAUUUCAA